GCCAACGGCAGAAUUGCCGCCCAGCACAGAUGCCUUACGACAGGGUGCGUAAUUUCGGCUGCUAAGGAAAACCCUGCACUGCUCGUCGUGGGCGCUCGGUUAUGAAGCGAUCAUUGUUGACUGUCGGAUCGCUUUGUUUGCAGACGUCAGGCAAUCAUAGACCGCGCAGCGGGGUUAUGAUCGAGUCGUCAUUAUUUGCACUGUAGGCAACAGAGCUAAAUGUAAUCAGACGCCUCUACUCGAUCCCGCCAAUGUAACGCCUCUGCUAAAGUCACACGCAGUAUAGUCGGCUGACCUGAAACUAUCCAACACUUUUUUUUUUAAAAAGAUUUGCAUACAGAGUGCGGCUAUCACACAGCCUAUCCGAACGAGCCUUAGCGAGCAAGUAUACUGACGACGCCAACUUUUCAUCGACAAGCCUCGCGCGGUCGUCGUGCAUGACGUCAGAUCUUUGUUCCGCCUGCUGACUUGUAGCCUGACACAAACGCAUGCGCGCUGACUCAUCGGAUGACGUAAGCAGUCACUUACGUCGGCCUUCAAGUUGUUCAAAAAAUCCGAGAAGAAAAAUUUCACUCAUACUCAAGACUAGGAUGUAGCUUUAAUAUUUUAUAGUUUGAGGAGUUGUGGAAUGAUGGCGUGCACGAGUUCUUUCUGAGCAAGUAACAAAGUAACAAGCUCGAUAAACGAGGGCAUUCCCACAACCUGCCACCCCUUUAAAACGAAGGAUUAGGCGAGCCUCGGCUGUAGCCGCGCUGUCGACGCGACGGUGACGUCAGCACGCAAGCAUCAACAUGGCUCAAACGCUGGCAAGCAAAAACGAUGCAAAGACACAUGGCAUGGAAACACGAAAGAAGUCCGUGGGUGCUCAUUUGUCCCCCCAAACUUCGACCGAAAUGACCUACGGGGACGAGUCGGCCAGUGUUGUGGCUGAAGCCACGCAGUGCUUGGUGGAUUACGCUAUGACGAAAGGGCAUACUAUUCAUUCACUGACGCACAUGACACGAUCGCAGCUCGCCGAUUUUCUACGUGACUUCUACGUGAAAAUCAAGUCCAGAAUGGAAGACAGCGGCAUCGACCUAAAAGAACUGAGGGCAGGCCUGCACAAAUUCUUCCUGAACGAGAUUGCAGUGGAUAUAAUUCGAGACCGGACUUUCGAGUUGGCCAACGCAACAUUUGACAUCGCUCUUCGGUCCAACAGUUCUCGCAAAUAUCAUCGGAUGAGGAUUGAAAUGGAAGACCUGCGCAAGAUGUACCUCAGCGAAGCCAUGGACCUCACCACACCGGAGAGUCUGCAAAAUAAAGUUUUCUUCGAUGUAAAUCUGUAUAUUUGCAACCGCGGUAAGGACUACUUGCGACUGAUGAAAAAGACCGAUUUUGAAGUGUCGUCUGACAUGAAUGGCAGACGAUAUGUUUGGCUGAAGGAUCAUCCCAAGUUCAGUUCCGGAGUGGACACAAACAAUGAUAAAGAUUUUUGCUUAACGUAUCAGAUGGGCGACCGCAUGUAUGAAAGACCAGGUGAUCCACGAUGUCCAGUAAAGUCAUUCCUGCAGUAUGUAACCCAUCUGCAUCCCAUGACUGAUGCCUUUUGGCAACGCCCAAAGCGCAGUGUAAGCCCUACUGACUAUGUUUGGUAUGACCACUCGCCCAUGGGGAACAGCACACUGAGCAAAAUCAUGCAGCGUAUCUCCAUCAUGGCUGGCAUGUGUGAUAACUAUACAAACCAUGCAAUACGAGCGGCAUACAUCCCUCUCAUUGAGAGCAUUUGCCUGGAAGCUUUGGGAAGUCAGCAGAGCCUGCCACCUGCCUUUGAAGCAGUAAAUGCUGCUGGUGCAGAUGGGGGAAUGGUUAGGCCCCAGAGCUGUAAACAAGAGUUAGACACAAGUUCGGGCGAUGAAUCCUCAUCACUGAUGUCAGAGACAAGAGAAAAUGAUGCUGAGAAUGAUGUUUCAGAUGGCCAGGGCUUGCGUGAAGCCAAAAUGAAGGUUCUUGAACAGCUGCAAAAGGUCAUGGUGCGUGACAUUCAGAAGUUUGUUGACUGGCUGAAGACUGUGAGGGUGGAGUAUAAUGCUGGAGAGCUGAUGGUGCUGUGCAGUCCUGUAGAAAAGAUGGUGGCAGAGGUCCCUGAUGUCAUGCCAGAAGCUCCCCCUACUCAUAAAGUUUCAUCAGAAAAAAAGCCACAUUCUAUACUACGUCAGCCUAGUGAAAGUCUGGACCCAAUCCCACGCCAAGACUCGCAUAGCAACAGCAGCAGUAGCCAUGGAGAUUUCAUGGGUAUGCAAAGCAUAUCUAUUAAACAGGUGGAAUUUCGCUCAUUUGGUGACACUUACUGCUCGCUAGCAGAAAUUGCUCCAAUGAAGAUUACAAUCCCAACAGAAGACACUCUUCUUGUGACAGGGAUCCCUGAGAAUGUGCAGCUAAUGGUCCACAAAAAGCAUGGUCAGAAUAACAUGUCCAAAGAGAGCAUUGCAGAUCGUAUAUUUUUCUCAGAAAACGAGAUGGAUGUUGCAGAAGUUGCAGCCCUACUGGGCACCAGAACUUCCAUGCACCAUAAGCAAGACAACAGCCUGCCUAUACACUCAAUCUAUCAAGCCCAGCUUCAGCCUUCCACCUCCCUCGCAACUCCCAUUGUUACUACCAGUCCUGCUCCAGUCCCAGUUGGUCCUCCUAUUGCAGUGUCACAUAUUCAACCUGAACUCCAGUCCCACAAGCUGACUCCGCAAAAUUCCUUUGAGACGAAAUCCAAGAGUGAAUUGAUAAAAACCAAGAAAUUUAAGUCUGUCACUUACCGAGAGCCAUCACCUAUCCCAGAUCUCAAACGGGUGUCAUCCACAGGUACGCCUAUUCUGAAGCGGCAAGCAAAUGUCGUUGAUGCUCACUAUGGAGAUGAGCAUUUUCCAAAAAGGUGCCUAAGCGAAGACCUCAAUCAUCUUCCAUUCAGUGCGCUUCGGAGAGAUGACUCUUUGGAGGCCAAGCGGCUGCAUGCUGACCGGCUGGAUGACUCUCUCCGGAAGCACCAGGAGAUUUUGCAGAAUUCACCAUUGCUGAAGAAGCAGAUGGAUCGGCAUGGAACUGGUUUCAGAAAAUCGUACCACCGUGUCAAGUCAGAACCUGUUGAUACUUGAGAGAAUUAAAAGUCAAGUGCCUGGGUUUUUAUCAUUAAAGCUUGUCUGGUAUUAUGGUGAAUACCAUGAUGCUUUGACAUGUUUGAACAGAUUUUGAUUGAUGGAGGUGGGAAAAGCUACACAGAAAGCUUGAGAGCAGUUUUGUAGCUGCAAAAUAUUUGGUCGCUGAUGGCCAAACCUGUUCAAGCCACACUGCCCUAAGGAAGGAAUUUGGUGAUGAGGUGAUCCUGAGAUCCAAGCGAAAGCCAUUGCACUUCCUGUGAAGUAUUGGGUUAUUUGGUAAAUAUGAAAGCCGGUGAUUUUUAUAUCAAAAAAAAAAAAAUUUGAAUUUGCACUAAAGUGCUGAUCUGCAUGGACGCUUUUUCAAAUGUAAGCAUGGAAUUUUGUUGCUAUGUGUUGUCUCAAUUAUUUUCGAGUAUAAAAAAAUUUGUCACGCUCACUUUUAAAUAGGCCUGUAAAACCUACACAGUAAUUAAAUGCAGACACAUGCAAACACUCAUUUAUAGGUCUUUCAGCAGGAACCAGGUGUAAGGUUGUCAAAAGGCCUAAAUGCUUGUAUACUUUUGACUAAACAUCUCCCAUUAGCAGGGCUAAUAUGUAACAAUGUAUAUAAUUAUGUUAAUAAUUUUUAGAAACUGACAUGUAAUACCAUUUGAAGAGUUGUUUUUGUAUUUAAAUAUUUUGUUGAUACUCUUUGGAUGUUGUCUGUAUAGGUAAGCUGCUCCUUGUGAGUUUUGUUGUGGUCUGGAUGUAGAGCAUUUGUCAAAAGCAUGGUUGUGAAUCUGUUUUUAGAAAAACAAAAACAUAAUCUGUCAAAUAAUGUUGUCAGAAUUUUCCUUAUUUCAGUUUGAUGCUUACAGCCACAAUUAUUUUAAUAAAAUUAAGUUAUCUGCUACAGUAGAGUAUACAUUAAACACUCAAGAUAAAACCACUAAUGGGGAUAUACUGGAUUUCUAGUAUGCUAAUGUUUGAGGAAGGUUUGUGUGCGCACACACACACAAAGGGGCAGGAGUUGCUAUUCUUUAGGAAAGGACCCUCAAGUUCUUUUGAAAGAUUACCAAAUAAAUCAAAUGAAAAGUGUGCUGAAAGGUUUGACUUCUUGCUCUGUUGUGCUGCUGCUUUUUAUGUUCUUCAAUUUUGCUAUUUAAUUUUUUAUACUCUUUUUCUUUUUCCAGAUAAUUUGUCGCCUGUUUCACAGCUAAACCCAGCUGAGUCAUGCAUGCACACACACACACCAGCAUGCUCAAAAAGAUUGAAAAAAACCUAACUAAAUAUUGAUGUUGGAAGUAAACAGUACUAGGUUCAUACACUAAUAAUCUUGCCAUGUAUAUAUAUAUAAUCUGAUAGCACUAAAAUUAAUAGGCACAUCACUGAUCUGUCUCUAACAUGAAGUAAUAAAUCUGUUAUAUUCUAUAAUGACCAGGAUUAUCCCUAGAAGUAGUGGGGAAAGGUUUGGAAAAGGAAGUGGGGUACAUAUUUAAGUUAAGGUACUUUUCUGUGUGCUUUUAAGUCUUCAAAAACAUAACUAGAAGGUAUAGGUAUGAGAAACACUAUAUUUAACCAUAGUUCUUUUCUUCCACCAAGCACUAUCUUUCAAGGGUGGUACUGCCACAUCCCACACAAAUUGCCAACAUGUUCUGACAUCACUGUGGUGCUCUUAGCAGAUUUUUGAGAACCCACAAAAAUGUGCAGUGCAGUUGUACAGUGUCUAUCAGAUGUGUCAAACACAAGUUUUGUACUAUGCUUUCUAAUGGAUAAAGAAACAUGGAUUUGGAUUGUGCUGUCUUGAUCAGUGUACUUUAUUACAUCUGUAACUGUAGAUGCCAAUACUUGUUUUUGCCAAAGAUAGUCUGGAAAUGAUUUUCCUUUGGUGUAAGCUGUAAAAUUAUCCUUACCAUGGUAGGCAAAAGAUAUCAACAGAACACUUCAACACUAUGUGUUUGGUCUGCACUGUUCUUGUUAUGAGUGCCUGUUUUUAAAGCAUUUGUUGUGAAAUUAUAUGCAUUUGCUAUUUUGGUUAAAACUUUGAGAUUAUCAGUAUUCCAAUUUUACUAGUUGAUAGGGAAGAGUAUUUCCUACCAAUCAGUUGGAUAUUUUUAAAAAAAUCUUUGAUAUCUUGAGGGCUAUUCUUGCUUCAAACUUUAGCAUGCAUAAAGUUAUUUGGCUUAUUCAUCAUACGUGUGCAUUAUUUUCAUGAUCUUGAUGACAGAAAAAGAAACAGCAAAGUUACAUUAUAACAAGCUAUGGUAGAAAAUACAUAUAAAUAGAUAUGUAAUAAGAAUAAAAAUAAUUGAAUUUGUAAAAGUGCAUUUCCUCAUGUGGAGGCAAGCUCAGUGAGGUGUACACAAAAAAAAACUACAAAUGAAUUGACGAUCACCCUACAAAAGAGAAACGGAAGCUUCAUAAACAGAGUGCAUGAAGAUGAAGAACUGAGUAGAGAGCAGAAGAGCUUACUGAUUAUGAGAACUAUUAAGAGUGGUCUUGAGACUGAACUUGAAAGUUUCAAACACAGACAUAGUUUGAAGAGAAAAAGCCAGAGAAUUCCUAAUGAUAUCUGGAGAAGGAGAAUCUGCAAAAUUUCUCUCAUCUGGAAACUGUGCUGGGAUUAGGCUGUGAAGACAGUGGCAGCAAAUGGCUAUCUUGUAAUCAAGAGCUUCAAUGGCAGUUAGAGAAGCUUUUACAGGAGGAGGAGGGGUGUAGCAUGGCCUGCUUGUCACCUAUGGAAGACAAUAAAAAUAGUUUUGUUCUGAGCCCAUAUUGAGGUUUGUCUGUUAAGUGGUUAGGGAGAUUGAGAAGCACACAUAUAUAUAUAUUUGGAGAGAUACAGGAAGAUUCACAACUGGAAGAUUUAGCAUAUGAAUUUUACAAGAUUCUCUUAGGAUUAGGGAGUAUACAGUAAUCUAGUCUACUUAUUGGAUGGCUGUCAUAAGAACUUAAAUUAACAGCACGUAAAUUAAGAAUUGGUGUUGGUCUUAAUGUUUGAAAGAUAAGCUGGGAUUUCUGUGAAAAUGAUAUCAGGAUGCAGAAACUUGAGGUGCAUCAAGUGAAUAGUUAUUACCAUCCACAGAAGUAAAUCAUUUUGCAAUCACAUAAAAAAAAAUAAGUGGGGGAGAAUGCUUAGAAAUCACAAUUAUCUGUAAAUGCAUAUGUUGUCAUUCAGAAUGCUUUGCAAAUUAUUUUUUAAAGAUGAGCAGCUUGUCACUGUGUAGUGUAUUUAAACAAUUCAUGUCUACCAUACUAAAAUUUGAGUUACAUAUUCUGAAAUAUUGCUUGUACUAUAUUUGAAUAUCUGUAAUACAUUUGCUUUUCUGGGGGAAAGAUGUUUAACCUCAGCUGAGGACUUUUUUCUCAGUAUGUGGUAAGCAUUCAUUUUGCUUCUUUAUUAAAUAGCACUUACAUGCAAUGGUCUGUGUUGAAAAAGACACUACUAAAUAUAUUGUAAACUGGUGUAUUAAGCAAAUAUUCCUUUAAAUAUAAUCCAUCUCAAUUUUUAAUUUUUUUCUAUGUAAAACUUAAGUUUCUGUUAAAAUAAUUGAAAUGUUGGAGUUGUAAGGUUAGGAAUCAAACACAGUCUAUAUUUUUUAUGAUACAGACACGACUUACAUCACUGUGUCUAUAUUAGCGGCCUUUGGGAAUAGUUUCAUACUUUUUAUAUUUAAAAAAUCAUCAACGAAAAACACAAUAACAUUUUUGAACGUUCUGCUGUGAUAUUAUUAUUAUUAAGAAGACAGAUAUUUGAUAAACGAGUAAGACCUUGAAAUUGUGUUUUGUGUUUUAAUCAACAGAUGUAUAGAUAUGUAUCUUUUAGUCUACAAAUAAAGAACAGAGCUCUAUGGUUCAGCUUUAAUGAAAAAAUAAACUUUCGUUCAAUAAUUCAUGUAACUGUACUAAACUCAGUACACAUAUUGAGCAAUAUUAUACAAGAUUAAGCAUUGUGUACCUUUUAGUUUUGUAACCACUUUAAUUGUAUGUGGUGGUGGAAUGUGCAGAAACACACACACAUAUUCUUUCCCCACACAUGCCUAUUUGUAUUUAUAAACCAAAUAAAUCAUUCGGAUUUCCCACCCACAUCGCAUGGUAGACGAUGUGAUAAAAUUCAAGAUUGCAAGCAGUCAACUUGUUAGGUACUUAGUAAGUUUUCUUCACUUUAAAAAAAAAAAGUGGAAUUUUUUUUGUUAGAUUCCACCUGUUAAAUCAAUGUUUUCUUUCCACUGCUUGAAUAAUAUUUCUUCAGAAGUUGACUAUUAUAUACUGCAAAUCACCUUUACACUUUUCUAUGUGUUUAAUUCAGCUUCACCUGUUCACAAUUUUUUUUAAAUAAUAGACUUUUUACUACAUUUAUACAUUCCUAUGAUGUCUCUAGCUUGUAUGUUUUAACUGCACAGAUGAUGGAACUUGUAAGGCAUACUAUAACUGAAGUUUAUAGCAGUCUUUUUAAAAAAAGUAAAUGUUUCUGGUUAUUUUUUUUUAUUGAUAUCAUUUUGUUAUUUUUUAUGGCAGUAGUUUCUUGAAGAAAUGGAAAAGAAUCAGAGAUGAUUUUAGAACACUUAAUCUGUUAAUGAUUUUGGGCUAAUACUAGGGAGAAAAAUGAAGGUUUAUAAUUGUUAUCGAAUGUACAUGUCAGUGAAUGUGUGUAUGCACAGUGGUUAUAGGGUAACCUGAGUGCAAAUAUUUUUAAAUAAAUGGGCUUAUUAUAACAUGAUAACUCUCGAAAUCUGAGCAUGAACAAAGUUCUGUUCACAAGAUAAAAAGCUUUGAUUAUCUCAGUAACCUGUGAUUUGCAAAGAGGUCAUGACCUUAUUCCCACAGCAGUGAGCAUUUCUCAUUACCAUGGGCUCAGAGCUUUCCUAAUGACUUUGGUCUCCAGUAAUGUCAGUAGUUAAAAUUUAGCUCAGUCAACAUGUGCUUUUCAUAGUAAAGGAAACCAUAAUAUAUUUUUAUCACAAACCAUGAUGGCUCUGUUCUAUUAAUUUGCUAGUGACUUCAACAUUUUAGUUUUUAGUCUGGCCAGCCUUAAUUUUUAUUUAUUAAUUAAAAAUAGCCUCUUCUGCUAUUCCCCAUGGUCUAUGAAUUUGAAAAUGUAAGGUAAGCAGUGCCAUGACAGUAGACCAGAUGGAACAAUAAUCUGGGUACAGAACCAAAGAACUCAACAUUAGUGAGAUAGCCAACCUGAAAGUCUUAACAUUUACUGCAGAGAAAGCCUGCUAAUCAAGUGUAAUAAAACACAGGAAUCUGUAGAUAGAAAGAAUUUAAGGCAUAGAAAUAUUUGCUAGAUGAAUCAUUUGGGGAUUCAAGCUAGGAUGUUUGCCAGCAUUUUUAUGGAAUUAAAACCUUGAAUAUGGGGAUUUUUUUCUCUCUUUGUUGCAUGAUUGUAGUGUCACAAACCCCAAAGUGAAGCAAAAAAUAAUUAUGGUUAUAAAGAAACUUGUAGAAUAAUGUUAUAUAUACUUGGGUGUAAACAAGAUUUGGAUAGUAAAACAUGCAAAUUGGUUGCACCGAUGAGUAGUUUUGAGACGGCACUUGCUACAAGACCACACUACCACAUUAUCUGACCUUUUUCCCAGUAAUUUUGUUACUGACAAAAUUUAAUAUGCUUGUACAUGUCAUUAGAAGCCAAUUUGUAACCCUUGCUGUUAACCAUGGUCUCCAAAUGUCUAAUGAAAACAAAUAAAGGCAAAUCCGUUUGAUUUGCAUAAAGUCA